UAUGUCAAUAAGGAAGUAAGCUCUGUCUUUGAAUACAAGGCGCCAGCAGCCGUUUUAGGUUAACAACUGAAAGAUCCCGCGGGAUGCCCGCCACCGAGCCGGUCCGGUUGGGUCGGAAACGCGCCCUGCCCUCGUGCCCGAACCCGCUGUUCCUCAAGUGGCUCACCGAGCUCCGGGACGAGGCGAAGGAGAAAGGACUGAAGAUCCAGUACACCUACCAGAAGGCCAUCAACUCACUCAAUAAAUAUCCACUGCCGCUGAAGAACGCCAAAGAGGCAAAGAUCCUCCAAAACUUCGGAGACGGCAUCUGUAAGAUACUGGAUGAAAAGCUGCAACGGUAUUAUAGAGAGAACGGUGCUGACGCUUCUAUACACGCUCUCCCCAAAGGAGCGCCCCCUCCUGGCCGAUCAGACAAUAACAUCAUUCUGGCUCCAUCCAAAAAGAAAAAUGCUGCAGGUGAUCAAAGAAAGGAUGGAGGAGGAGAUGGAGGGAGGAAGAAGAAGAGGGAGUAUGUCCCCCAGAGGAGGUCCGGGGGUUAUGCUGUGCUGCUGACUCUUUACAAAGAAACUCAGGUCCCUGGUAGUAAAGGUUACAUGUUUAAGAUGGAGCUGCAGACAGAAGCUCAGCAUCUCUGUGACAAAUCGUUCACUGUGCCUGAUUUAGGCAGUAAGUACACCGCCUGGAGCUCAGUCAGCACUCUGAUCCAGAAGAACCUGCUGAUAAAGACUCACAAUCCCGCAAGGUAUUCUCUGACAGAAGGAGGUCUGGCUUUGGCCGAGCGACUGGCAUCAGUAGAGCAGACGAACACAGACGGGGACAGAGAGGAGGUUAGAAGUGAGUUAGAGGUGACUGAGGAAGAUGAUAACGUCGUAGACCUCACUGGUAGUGAUGAAGGUGAAGAAGAGGAGGAGGAGAACAGAAUACACCCUACAGAAAGACGAGCCGCCAUCACUCAGGUUAGCUGCAACGUGGACGACGUGCGUUCAUCUGGGAAACCACAGAAUUCACAGGCGACGACGACAAGCAGAAAGCCGAACGCAGAAUGUCUCCUACCCGGAACGUAUGAAAUUAUGCUCUGUGUUGACUUCAUCGAGACCACUGGUGGGAGUCACCAUCGUAAGCAGGAGCUGGUCAAAGAGCUUCAGAGGAACGGAGUCAACUUUGACAUCAGGAAACUAAACGUCGGGGACUUCCUGUGGGUGGCUCGGGAAAAGGUGGCACCUGUUGCAGGUCAGUUGCGAGCGCCUGUAGGCAGGGAGCUCGUCCUUGAUUACAUAGUGGAGAGGAAGAGGAUGGACGACCUGUGCGGCAGCAUCAUCGAUGGACGCUUCAGGGAACAGAAGUUCCGGCUGAAGAGGUGCGGCCUUCGUAAGCCCAUCUAUUUAGUGGAGGAGUGUGGAUCAGCUGCUUCUCACCUGAGCUUACCUGAAACUACACUGCAGCAGGCCAUAGUCAACACACAGGUGGUUGACGGUUUCUUUGUGAAGAGAGUCCAGGAUGUGAGGGAGUCGGCGGCGUACCUCACCAUCAUGACGAGAUUCCUGACUAAACUGUACCAGAACCGAACGCUGAUCUGUCGCUCCAGAGAGCUGGAGGGCGAUGGAGGCAGUGACGAAGAGGAGAGAGGGCUCCCCUCCUGCUCUCUCAUGUCUUUUGCAGAGUUCAACCACGGUGCAGUCAAAAACAAGUGUCAGACGGUGAGAGAAGUGUUUGCCAGACAGCUGAUGCAGAUCAGCGGAUUGUCUGGAGACAAAGCAGCUGCUAUACUGGAGCACUACAGCACGCCCCACAGUCUUCUGACAGCAUAUGAACAGUGCACAAGUGAAGCAGAGAAAGAGAAACUCCUCUCCUCGAUCCGAUACGGGAAGCUCAAAAGGAACCUGGGUCCAGCUCUGAGCAGAACAGUUUAUCAGCUCUACUGUACACAAGGCGCUCUGACAUGAAGGCGGCCCUGCAGAUGGUCCCAAAGUAUACUCAACAAUGUGAAUUAUACAGUCAUUAACUUUUAGGUCCUCCUUUACUUGAACAACAUCAUUUUGAGUAUGAUUAUGUAUAAGUGUAUAUAAAUGUCAAGACACUGCUAUAUUUUGAUAUUAAAAGAUUCCUGUUUGAAGAAGUUCAGACGUAUCCCAUUAGUGCACAAAUAAAGUUUAUUUUAAAUGCCACUGUUAACUUUUUAUAGUAAGAAUCCAAAUCCAGUGCUCAGAUGCUGAAGUCUUAAAGCUGUAAGCCAGCUUGAACCUUUCCACUUUGUCCAGCGUUACUGCUCAGACAUUCAUGUACACUAAUGGGAGUGGAGCCUGUGUACCUCGAGAGGUCUUCAGGAGCUGCUAUUAUCUGAUAAGAUCUUUUAACACAUCAAACAUGAAGAAACAAAGUUUAAACUUGAUUUGAAAAACUGUGCAUUUCUGAGCAUGUUAAGUAUUAGAUUGCUACACGACCACAGGUUUUAUUGAUAAGUUUACUCACUGCUGGUGAAAUUAAAACUCAUCUCUUUGUAGAGCUGUCUAAUAUGGGCGAUGAGGCAGGAAACGUGUUGCAAUUUAACUGUCUGUUAUGUGUAGACACAGCACUGGUUAUUAGACUGAAAAUAUCCAGAAAGACACUUUAAAAGACCUUCAGAAAACCUCAAGACCACUUUAAAAUUUUAUAAG